UUUCUACGAAGGUAGCUAAACACGAACGUACUCUCUUUGACACGAAGAAUCAAAUCGAUCUGUCGGUAGUUAUAAACCUAAACAUUUUCAAAUUUGUUUCAACUAUAAUUUGUGAAUAAGAAGCGAUCAAUAUUUUUCGAUUUUCCGCUAUCAUUUAUUUAGGAAGCAAGUUAAAUAGAUCACAAUGGCGCAAUUUGCAAUGGCAGUAUAUGAUGAAUACCGCAAUCUGAUGGACAAUGAGAGUGAUCCUAGAGUCAACAACUGGUUCAUGAUGAAUAGUCCAUUCCCAACCUUAUUUAUUUGCUUAUUUUAUGCCUACUUCGUCAAAGUUUUGGGCCCUAAACUCAUGGAAAAUCGUAAACCUUUCGAUCUUAGAAAAAUUUUGCUAUUUUAUAAUUUCUUUCAAGUGAUAUUCUCCGCAUGGCUGUUUUAUGAGUGCUUGGUAUCAGGAUGGGGAGGUCAAUAUUCCUUCCGUUGUCAACCGGUAGAUUAUUCAGAUAAUCCAUUGGCACUUCGAAUGGCACGAGGUUGUUGGUGGUAUUAUUUCUCAAAAUUUAUCGAAUUUUUGGAUACAAUAUUCUUUGUGUUGAGAAAGAAGAAUAAUCAGAUCACAACUUUACACGUAAUCCAUCAUGGAUGCAUGCCGAUAUCUGUUUGGUUUGGUGUUAAAUUCAGUCCUGGUGGCCACAGUUCGUUCUUCGGCUUCCUCAACACAUUCGUGCACAUCUGGAUGUACGCCUAUUACUUCUUGGCCGCUCUUGGACCAAAAGUGCAACGCUUCCUCUGGUGGAAGAAAUACCUGACCACCAUGCAAAUGGUUCAAUUCGUCCUUGUGAUAAUCCACGCGUUCCAGCUUCUCUUUAUCGAAUGUAAUUAUCCGAAAAUAUUUGUCUGGUGGAUCGGCACGCACGCUAUCAUGUUCUACUUCUUAUUCCGUAAUUUCUAUACCCAAACGUAUAAGAAGAAAUCUUCCACCGUGCAGUUAAAGAAGGAACUAGAAACAGAGAAACAGAAGAAAGAGCAGAAUGAUAGUGUGAAGGAGAACAGGACGAUAUAUGCCAACGAGUACAAAAUGGCAACCGGAUAUAUCUCUGACAGUGGGCUUAGGAACCGUGUGUUUAUCGACAAUCGCGGUUUCCAAAAGUAAAAAAUUUCGAAAAUAAUUAUCUAUGCAUCGUAUUUCGUGAAUACACAAAUGUGAAUUCGUGUCACAUAAUAAUGUGAUAGCCGAUCUAAACCAAUAUAAAUUUUAAAAAAAUAAGUUCUAAUGGCGAUUCUAAAUAUUAAAUCUUGGGUUAUAAGAAGUUAAAAUUAAAGAACUGCCAAAUUUCAUCUCUUAAGAUUAAAAGAUUUAAGACUUAAGAUUAGUCAAUGAAAAAACUUGAGGCCAUCAUGUUUACUAUGGCUAUGUGAUUGCAGAUUAUUUGAUGACAAAGAAAUUAAUUGCUCAAACAGUUUCAAAUCCUCAUGAGCAAUCUUGGAAUUAAAAAUUAAAAAUUAUAAUUAUUUGAUGACAAAGAUCAAAUGAAGAUAAGAGCUCAAAUAAUUUCAAAUUGUCAUGAGUAAUUUUGAAAUUGCAAUUGUUUGAUAACAAAUAAGAUUAGUUGAUAAGAAUAUAAUUUCAAACCAAUUAUAACUAAUAUCUAGACUUAAAGAUCUGAUUUUUCUCUCAUUGUUUGAAUUUUAACAAUGUUACUAAUCGA